AGUGAUUGCCUGGUGUUUCAUAGCUAGUCCGUGAAGGAGCCAGAACUGCUCACUGUGAUUCCUACUGCCUCAAAGCUGGCUGCUCCAGCCCUUCUCUGAGAGGGAGAGCCGGUGAUGGCAGCCAUGCUCCUGACAGCCUGGCCCCAGAAGUCGGUGACCUUCGAGGACGUGGCUGUGUACUUCACCCAGACGGAAUGGGAUGGCCUGUCCCCUGCACAGAGGGCCCUGUACAGGGAUGUGAUGCUGGAGAAUUAUGGGAAUGUGGCCUCCCUGGGAUUUUCACUUCUCAAACCUGCUGUGAUCUUGCAGUUGGAGGGAGCAGGGGAGCUGGGGGACCCAUCUCUACUGGUGGCUGGAACAGAAGUAGGCUCCCAGGGCGUCUGGACUGUAGAUACUGAUAGCCAGACUGACAAUAACUUGACAAACGAAAUAUAUAAAGAAAAACAUAAUACAUCAUUUGAACUUCAGAGGGACAUUUCCCAGGAAACCAACUUUUCAGAAGCCUGUAUUCUAGAGAAACAGCAGAAAGUCCAGUUAGUAGGAAGCACGAAGAGAGAAAACAUCAGUGUCAUUGAUGGAACAGUGAAAGACGACACCAGCCCCGUGGAGGAGUGUUUCUUUAGUCAGAGUCCAAACUUCUAUCACUGUCACACCAUCACCACUGGAGAGCAGCCCCUUGAACAUAUGGGAUUGGAGAAAGGCUUCAGCUUUGACACAAAACUUACUCAGCAUGAAAGAAUGAAUUCUGGGGAAAGACCUUUUAAAUGCGAAGAAUUAGCAGAAACCUUCAGGUGUAACUCUCAGCAUCAAAACAGCUACACUGGGGAGAAGCCGUAUCAGUGUACGGAGUGUGGCAAAGCUUUUAGUGUUAACGCAAAAUUAAUUUGGCAUCAAAGACUUCAUAGUGGGGAGAAGCCCUUCAAAUGUGUGGAGUGUGGGAAAAGCUUCAGUUACAGUUCCCAUUAUAUCACACAUCAGACCAUCCACAGUGGGGAGAAGCCCUAUCAGUGUAAGGUAUGUGGGAAAGCCUUCAGCGUCAAUGGGAGUCUGAGCAGGCAUCAGAGAAUCCAUACAGGGGAGAAGCCCUAUCAGUGCAAGGAGUGUGGAAAUGGCUUCAGCUGCAGUUCUGCAUAUAUCAUACAUCAGAGAGUCCACACUGGGGAAAAGCCUUACGAGUGCAAGGACUGUGGGAAAGCUUUCAAUGUUAAUGCCAAAUUAAUUCAACAUCAGAGAAUCCACACUGGAGAGAAACCUUAUGAAUGUAAUGAGUGUGGGAAAGGCUUCAGGUGCAGCUCCCAGCUUAGGCAGCAUCAGAGCACCCAUACUGGGGAGAAGCCUUAUCAGUGUAAGGAGUGUGGAAAAGCCUUCAGUAACAAUGCAAAACUCCUUCAGCAUCAAAGAAUCCACACAGGUGAGAAACCCUAUGAGUGUACUGAAUGUGGAAAAGCCUUUAGUGCCAAAGGGAAGUUAAUCCAGCACCAGAGAAUCCACACGGGCGAGAAACCCUAUGGGUGUGACGAGUGUGGGAAAGCCUUCAGGUGUAACUCUCAGCUGCGGCAGCAUCUGAGAAUCCACACCGGGGAGAAGCCUUAUGAGUGUAAUGAGUGUGGAAAGGCCUUCAACGUCAAUGCAAAACUAGUGCAACAUCAGAGGAUUCACACUGGGGAGAAACCCUUUGAAUGUAAUGAGUGUGGGAAAUGCUUUACUUCUAAAAGAAACCUACUUGAUCAUCACCGAAUCCAUACUGGAGAAAAGCCUUAUCAAUGUAAGGAAUGUGGAAAAGCCUUCACUAUCAAUGCCAAACUGACUAGGCAUCAGAGAAUACACACUGGGGAGAAACCUUUCAAAUGCAUGGAAUGUGAGAAAGCAUUUAGCUGUAGUUCUGACUACAUUGUGCAUCAGAGGAUCCAUACUGGAGAGAAACCCUUUCAGUGUACGGAGUGUGGAAAAGCUUUCCAUGUUAAUGCCCAUUUAAUUCGGCAUCAGAGAAGCCACACGGGGGAGAAACCCUUUAGGUGUGUGGAGUGUGGAAAAGGCUUCAGCUAUAGUUCUGAUUGUAUAAUACAUCAGACUGUCCAUACUUGGAAGAAACCCUACGCGUGUAAUGUUUGUGGGAAAGCUUUCAGGUUUAGUUUCCAACUUAGUCAGCAUCAAAGUGUCCAUAGUGAAGGAAAAUCCUAAUGAGAAGGAUGUAGCAGAAAACUCUCAGUUAAUGAAAUGGAUCAAGUGUCAUCAGAUUCACCCGGGUGAAAAACCCUGAGAGGAGAAUGAAUGUAGCAUCUUCACAUAGAAACAAAUUUUGCAUCUUCUAAAAUCUGGAAUGGUGACGGGUUAAAAAGUAACAUCUAAAAAUGAAUAGCUUGUUUUAUACCAACAACCAAUUAGAAAGCGUAAUGAAAGAAAGGGUCCUGUUCCCAAUAGCAUCAGGAAAAGUGGAUUUUCCAGGAAUAAACUUAAUUAUUACACAGGAUCUAUAUGGAGAAAUAAAUCUCCAGUGAGAGACACAAAGGGAAAAAUAGAGAGAGAGAAACCUUGUUCUUGGCCAGGAAAACUCAUGAAGAUAUUCACUCUACCUAAAUUUACUUCCUUUUCAUUUUUGACAACAAGCAUGCAUCACUUUUGUACAGAGGAUAAACAAUAAAAAAUUCCUUAGAGAAGAUGAA